GUAGAGAUAUGAAUACUGCGCGCCAAAGAGCGAAAGUUUUUAAUCUUCAAGGAGACUCACAUGAACAACUCAUGCGGCCGAUUUCAGUGUAGGGCACCCGAAUUUCAUAUCCAUAAACAAGGAGAAUAUAAAACUUUCUCUCCUCUCAGAGAAUGGCUCUUUACCGUUAAAAAGUGUCAAAACUUGUGAAUACUUCCAACCGUUCGAAUAUACAUCAUGGCGGAAGUGGGUAUGUUUACUACUACAAAUAAAGUAACGCAGAAUACAACUCAGAUCCACGAGCAGGACGUCGAAUUUCGUACUGGAAAUGAUCCUUGCAAGCACAUUUCAGUGACUGUUGAGAAUAACGAUGUUUUGGGUGAAAAACGUGAUGUAAAUUUCAACAACAAGACGGCAUGUCCCAGAGGACCAGAUCAGGGAAAUGGAGAAUAUACUAACUCAUGUGCGAAUGAACCAUUUCAGAGUGAAAAUCUCUGGUGUGACACUCAAAUUUCGUUAAAUACCUCAAGUCUCACUCCAGUUUAUCACUGUUCUGGUAGAUCGGGAUUUGCAGAACAGAUGGAAACAGCACCAGCUAUUACUUUACCAGAUACAUCAACUGCAGAUCCACAUGGUACAGGUUUAAUCACGAACACCUCAACGGUGGCCAACAAUGACACAAAACCUCUUUAUUUCACAAGAUCAACAACAAUCUCUACACCAGCUGAAAAAGAUACCUCGCCCACUACUAACGUUUUGCCCACUAUUCCCGAACCAGUAGUUUUAGGGAUGAUGCCUACCCCUGCAUCUUCAGCCCAGAUGUUGAUUCAAGAGCGUGACUGUGCUGGUACAAAUUCAUCACCACCUCAAACUGUAAUUCCUCAAAGUUUAACCCAAACGCUUAUUUCUUUGCCAGAAGGUGUUUCAACCACUGCUGUAACACCAGGUAAUCCCAAUGCUGUUGCAGAAAAUCCAAAUUUAAUAGCUCAGUCUAACUCAAUAUCAGCGACAGUCUUAACUGGGUCAAGCGUUUCAUCUCUGGUAAAUUCAAGUAGUUCUGUGGUGUUCACCACGACCUCAGAAGUGUCAAAAAAUUUCGCUCCCGGAGUUCCAGUCCCGGAUGAUGGAACAGCCACUAUAAACAACAUCCAAACAGCUGCAAAUUCUUGUGCUGAAAACAAUGAUCCAGCAUCUGUUUGUAACAGUUCAAGUAGUCUUCCUGAUAUUCCAACCAUUUUUUCAAACUUUACACCGUGCAUCAAAUGUAAUUCCAUUCUUGUCUGUUCCUGCCUUGGACCAUCCGGUGUUGAAGGGGAUAAUGGCAGUGUUCUUCCAACAUGUCAAGCUUCCUGUCAAGGUCCUUGUACUUGUGAAGGGAUGGAAGUGGAUAAAAAAGAAGAUUUGAAACCAUUUGAAAAAGAUGUGAAACCUCAAGAAUUUCCUACUCCUAUUCCUUUGGAUCGCUUGGAUCAGCUCUUUGAUGGUUUGAUUGAAUAUGACAAGAUUAUCAAAGCUGAACAGCCAGAGGCAAUUACCACAAGACUCUUCCCAUACCAGCUGCAAGCUCUAAACUGGAUGAUAACAAGAGAAAACAACACUGAUCUAGCACCAUUCUGGAACAAAGUUAACAACAGCGCAUGGUUUAACAAGGGAACCAACAAGUCCACUGACAGAAAGCCACAUUCUCCCAAGGGUGGCAUAUUGGCAGAUGAUAUGGGUCUUGGUAAAACUCUUGUUGUUAUCAGCCUGAUUAUGGCUAAUCAUCUUAAUGGCAAGCCAAUGUUUGCAAGGUCAUCUAACAAGCGGAAGGCAUCAAGUUCAGGCCAAGAUGGAGAAUGUAAACAUGAACCAGAAGAGAGGAUGGCACACAGGGAAAGAAUUGAUGAAGAUGAUCCUAUGGAUAUGAAAGGGGAAGUUAAAAAAAUAAGCAUAAAGAAGCGGAAGAAUGUUACAACUAAAAAGAAGAGGUUGGCUGACAGUAAGAUGUUAAAAGAGCCUGGCUUUAAAUUCAGGCAAAUGUAUCUUUCCAAGUUGUCCAGCAAAUCACCAAAGAAGGAAAAACACAAAUUAACAAAGGAACUGAUGCAACCAGUCAGCAUUGACAGUGAUUUUAACACUGAUGUGGCAGCUGAGUCAUGGCUGUCUACAGGCAGUGGCAGUAUUUGUGGAAGUGGCAGUGGCAGCGGCAAACCCCUACCAGAUGAUGAGCAUAGUGCCACACUGAUUGUGUGUCCAUUAUCUGUGCUCAGUAACUGGACAGAUCAGAUAUGCAGCCACAUCCAUACAGAUGUCAGUUUGCAAGUGUACAUGUAUUAUGGUGCAGAGCGUUUGAGAGAUGUGAAUUUCCUCAGACAGCAAGACAUUGUGUUAACAACUUAUCCAACACUGACAAAUGAUUACAGGCGGCUUGACUCUCCACUUCAUAGGAUCAAGUGGCUUCGUGUCAUUUUAGAUGAAGGUCACACCAUACGGAAUCCUCAGACUUCUUUGACCAAAGCAAUGAUUGACUUGGUGGCAAAGCGCCGAUGGGUUCUCACAGGAACCCCAAUACAGAACAGGUUGGAUGACCUGUGGUCUGUGGUCAAAUUUUUGCGUCUGGAGCCAUUUGAUGAUAAAAAAUGGUGGAAUGCUGCCUUGGCAUCCAGCGUGAGGAGAGGAGAUGAACAGGCAGUCAAUCGCUUACAGAAACUCCUCAAGCACAUCUCAAUCAGAAGGCUGAAAACAGAUCAGGAUGAUGGAAGACCACUGGUUAAAUUGCCUCCCCGAACUGUGGUCAUUCAAGAAGUGGAACUGUCGGAAGAAGAACGAACAUUAUAUGACUCCAUGCAGAAACACGGACAACUGAUCAUCACAGGAUAUAUUCAGAAUGGAACAGUCCUCGCCAAGUAUGCGCACUGCUUUGCAAUUCUCAUGCGUCUUCGCCAACUUUGUUUGCAUCCAAAACUCUGUGAGGAGGAAUGUCAGUCGUUGCAGCGUGCUCAGGAUUUAUUGCAAGGACUUGAAGACUCUGAUGAUGAUGACCUCGAUAUGGACUAUAAUAACCAACGACUUAUCAAAGAUCUACUCGCGACUCUGUAUUCGGGAAGUGACGAGGAAUGUUCGGUAUGCCUCGACUCCCUGGUCGAACCAGUCAUCACUCGUUGUGCGCAUGCCUUCUGCCAGCAGUGCAUCAUGGAUGUGAUAACAUCAGAGAAUCUUGCUCCGCACUGCCCUCUGUGUCGUGCGCCCCUUAAUGAGAACGAACUGAUUAAAGUUCCCGAGAAGAAGAAACAAACAUUACCGCCUGCAGAGAAAACUAGCAAGGAAUCGGAAGGAAAAGAGAAAAGUUCUAAGUUGAAUGCCUUGAUGAGAGCGUUAUGUGCCAUCCAAGAUAAGGAUCCCUCUACAAAAAGCCUUGUAGUUUCUCAGUUCACGUCAUUUUUGGAUCUCAUCGAAGAGGCGCUUCACAAAGAAGGCUUCACUUUUGUCAGGUUGGACGGGAGGAUGAUGCAAGAGGCCCGGGCCCGAGCUAUAGAGAGCUUUGCCGACACUAGUUCCAGUUCACCAACAGUGUUUCUGUUGUCACUUACAGCUGGUGGCGUGGGCCUGAAUCUGACAGCUGCCACACGAGUUUUUCUCAUGGAUCCGGCUUGGAAUCCAGCCAUUGAAGAACAGUGUUUUGAUCGUAGCCACCGACUGGGUCAAACGAAAGAAGUUAUUAUUACUAAGUACAUUGUGAUGAAUUCCGUGGAAGAACGCAUGCUUACAUUGCAAGAACAGAAGAGAACGCUGAUGAGCCAGGCCUUCGGUGUACAGAGGCAGAGCCAGGAAGAGAGGAGGCGGGCUCGAGUCCGAGAUAUCAAGCAUCUGAUUGGUCUAUGAUGAAGGAAAUAUGGACAUUUAACGACUUUUGGAUUUGCCAAAAAUGGCUGAAUCGUAUACAGCAUUUGACUUUGACUCGUCUUUCAUUGUUAGAUUCUCGUUCAUGUUAAGGAAGAAUUUAAAAACUCUCCAAAGGCAAGUGAAAAAAAGGUGCAACUGUUUUGAAAUCAAGAUGAACUGAAAAUGUUCCGUUUAGUGACGUUUGAUCCACCAAUAUCACGACUCGCCAAAUUCCCUUUCACUUAGAGCUUUAAAUACAGAGCCCCUUAGAAUUAAAAAAAUGCCCUCUCAAGUGAGAGAAAACUUGAUGAUAGCGUCGAAUAACAAUGCUUGUGAUGUUUCCGUGAAAUAAGUAAAGGAUUACGGUUUGUAGCACUGUAGAAGACAGUUGCUUGUUUCUAGAGGUGACUUGUUUUCCUGUUUUAUCAAUUUCUCUGAUGUCUUUUUUAAUAAGGUUCUUUAAAAUUGAAUGAGAAGGUUUGUAUUUUAAAAGAUAGAUAUCCAUUAGAAAUUAAUUCAGACAUGCUAAACAACUCGGAAUAUUAUACACGUAUUUUAAUUGAAGAUGUAUAUUUAUGUGGUGAUAGUAACACCUGCUGGUGAUGAAGUCACCCGAGGUUGCUAAAUAGUAUUA